AUGGAAAGAAAGGAUGCAAAGGACCUGGGACGAUGGUCAAAACUAGGUGGGCUCGAGGACAGAGAAAAGUAUAGGAACAGAGAAGAAAGGGGUGAAUCAGACAGAUAUGUGGACUCACACACAUUCAUAAGAACUUCUCAGAAACCUACUCAAGAGCAGCAGGAGAAAACAGAUGGCCUCAGAGAUAAAGCAGCCAGGCAGCCGGACAGAGAGCAAGCUGUGGGCGGUUGCCAUGGCAAGCUGGGCCGGCUAAAUCUGCUUGUUGCUCUAACACUUGGACCAUACUAUCCAAAAGACCCAAUGGUAUUUGAGGUGUCAGUGGCAGAUAUGGAUACUAUUUGGAGCCUGUGGCAGGCCCUUAUGAGUGGACCGUUCACUGUACAAUCUUGAGGAUUGCCUACAAACACCCAGAGAGUGGCCAAAGUUGUCGUCCUUUGAGUCUAGCUGGGUGUCACCAUCAGUCUGCCAUUCUUUUCCUUUGCCCAUGUCUACAACAAUGAGUUACGGGCACUCAGCUGUGGGCUAAGCUUUCCGAGGCCAGAGCAGGUCUGGCUCCUGGACAGCCACAUUUAUACAAUUUUUCUGGGCUUUGCAGUGCCUGAGUGCAUCACCUGCAUAUUAUAUGUAGAUCUACUGCCCAAACGACAUACCACGAGGCUCCACUCUGGUGCUAAGGUUCUGGUGAAGUCCAAGAGGAAGGUAAUCCUGGUCCUCACUGUGUUGGCUGUCCUUCUCUGCUGGAUACCCUUUCACCUGGCCUCCGUGGUGGCUCUGACCACACAUGGAAAUUGGCAUCUCCUAUGCCAUCACUAACUCAGUUAUGCUAACUCAUGCCUCAGUCCUUUCCUGUAUGCCUUCCUGGAUGACAACUUCUGCAGGAAUUUCUGUAUCAUAGUCCUACAUCAGGAGGCCUGA